UGGCAUAUUUUAUGUGCGAGCUGAUAAGGUGAUGAUAACAGGCAUUUCUCAGUAUUGUAAAAAUAGAGUCGCGGUGUAUAGUCAGUCAGUCAGUGGACGGCUUCGAAAACCAAAAUUUCAAUAGUCGGAUUAAUAUCAAGACAUAAGUCAGACAGUAACAGUGAAUUACAUACUACAACCCACAUCCACAGCUUAACAGGUCACUACAUUUGAAAAGGUACGUAAUUCUACGAAAAAUGCCCAGAAAAUUCCCACCACAAAGAGUUCCUAGCCGACCAACGAUUCAGGCUUUUGACAAUCAUCUGAACUACAGUAAAAAGCUCCGUAGCUUCGCAUUGUUCAUUCGAUCCACUUUGAAAUGGAGCUGUCACAAUUGGCGGUACAUUCUCACAUACGUUGUAACAUUGAUUGUUGGCUUCGCAAUCAUUCACUUUGAAUAUAUGAAGAAAAGCCAUCUCGAUAAGAUUGCCACAUAUGGUGGAUGGGGACAAUUUCUAAUAUUGUUGGUGGUUUACAUGGGACUGGGUUGCACAAAACACCAAGCGGCUGUGACAGACAUACCGUCUCCGAUCUUCCUGGUCAAUCUCUUAAAAUUGAUGAAGAUAGACAACGAUACAAAAACUCGCAUCGUAGAACAGGCAUACGCAGCCGUUUUUAUGGUAUUUUUCUGUAUAUCGCCUAUGGUGCGAAACAACAUGUCGCUGGACCCCGAACAAUUAGGCGUUCAUGAAUUGAUCGAUAGAUUAUUGGCCACGGCGUUAUCGAUUUACACAGUGUCACCAACGCUUAGUGAUUCAGAAAUUAAAUGUAUGAUCAGAACGCUAUCUUCACAAGCAGUCGAUGAAGCCCGACAUAUAGCGGAAGAAGAUCGCCGUACCGAUGUGAUCAAAGAAAUCAGUGCCUUACAGGUACAAUGUGAUAAAUAUGUUCUUAUGCAGCAGAGGUCAUUCUAUAAACAGUGGACAACCAUAAUUUAUGUAUCAAUGUGGAUUUGUUUGAUUGUGGUCGGAUUGGAAGUACUCGGUGUCGAUUUGAAUGAGAGUCAUGACUUGAAGACCCGGUGUAUCUCAAUGAUUGUGUCUACCGUAACCAUCCUUGUGAUAUGUCUAUUUUCAGUGAUAAUUGUAAGAUAUUUCGAGCAAAUUGUAAGUCCGUACAAUGAUGAAUAUGAUCUCUUUGGUUUAAAUCAAAGUUUAAACGAAAAAUGGGCGGAAUUGAGUGACCUUAGGACGUCGUCCUUCAGCCCUCAGAAACAUACUGGAACACAGACUAUUACAAACUCUAGUUCAGUUACCACUAUAUUUAAAGAAAGAACUAUUUUCAACAAUGCUGGCACGGCCAUUACGGUCCAUAUUAGGGAAGAAUUACCAAUUAUUACCAGAAAAAUUAAUGUCGAAGAACUGAAGACAGAUGUGAUCAUGUUCAAGGCGCCUCAAGCAAAACAGUAGCCCCCAACAGCUGCCGUAGAAGAGACAUUUUUCACGAAGUUUUUACUGAUUUUUUAAAAAGAUAAAUUUAAGAUAUAGUGACGGCACCGGUUACGAGCCCCCUAAAGGAUUAUAUUUUACAGUUUCCACUGUACAGAAACCAUUUACAAUGUGAAAUAUCUUUUUUAAACUUUCUUAUUAUUUAUUCAUGACGCAUCUAUAAUAAAACGUUUAAUUCAAUUUAUUAUUAUUUAUAAAAAAAAGAAAAAC